AUAAUGAAGAUUGAAUGCUGUGACUAGUUUCAGUAAUAGGAAUUACGAAUCAUAAUGCAAAUAAAAAGUUCAUGCUUCGGCAAGAAACAGUUUAUUAUGUCAGAAAAUUACUUCUAUGGUCUAUUCUUACCACUAAGAGCUACUGAACUUUAUUUCAAAUCAUUUAAAAAGCGGGAAAACUUAUAGUCAUAAUUAUGAGUGAAAACGGUUUUACGCAAAAUGUUGAUCUUCAGCACUGGAUGAGAGAUCUACCGGAACAAAUAAGAAACAUUCCUAUUAUUUACCUCGCCAUUCCAGGUAGUCAUGAUUCAAUGACAUAUAACAUUACAAGGUCCAGUGGCCUAGCCCCUGACGCAGAACCGAUACUCAGAAGACUGUACCCUUUAUUUCACGGUACAAUAUUAAGAUGGACAAUAACACAAGCAAUCGAUGCCUUGCAGCAACUUCUCAUUGGCAUUAGAUAUUUUGACUUGAGAUUAGCAACUAAAAAUGGUUCAGAUGACUUCUACUUCACCCAUGGAGUGUAUGCAGGAGAAAUAUAUCAGCCGCUUAAACAAAUAAAAGAUUUUAUAUAUGAACACCCCUAUGAAGUGGUAAUAUUAGAUUUCCAGCAUUUCUAUGGGUUCACUCCAAAUGAUCAUCAAAGGCUAAUGAGAUUUGUUCUUAACUUAUUUGGGCCACUACUUGUACCAAGACAACCAGAUUUGAAUGGUGUUACGCUUAAUUCACUUCAUAGGUUACGGCAACAGGUAAUAGUGAUUUACCGGCAUCAGUCGGUAUACGCUACGAGUGAAUUUUGGCAGCCACAGAUGAUGCCUUCACCUUGGCCCCAACAGGACAAUAUCACUGGUCUGCUUAACUUUCUGAAAAAUGUUAAACGGCACCCUGGAAUGGGUUUUGUGCAUCAAGCGGUACUAACACCUACACCAGGAUUUAUUAUCUUCAGAUGGGUGUCCAACUUACGUGAAAAAUGCGCUAAACCAGUCAAAAAUGAAAUUUACCCCAAAUUGUCAGAGUUUUCACCAGGCAGACCAAUAGACAGAGACGGUCCAACACCAGUAAACAUUAUCAUAGCUGACUUUGUCGAAAUGGACAAUGCUAUUUUCUCCAAAAUGGUUAUAAAACUUAAUUUUAAAUUGAUGAAUACAGAUUUUAUAACACAGAGCUACGGGUAAGAUGAAAGGGAAAUAUUGGUUGAGCUUUAAACUACUUAAUAAGGUAUCAUAAGGAACAUAUCAUUUGUACCUGCAUUUUUAUAUUUUUUAUUUUUACACGUGCUACAGGCUUAUCUACGACAUAUUUUAUUUUUUACAAACUCUUCUAUUGUACAGUGAUAUAGUAUACAUUAUUGUAAGAUCUAAAGUAUAUAAAAUAAAGUAUUAAAUAUU